ACUCAUUUAGUGUGUGAGGGCUGUUUUAAAAGUGUGUACGCUGAGGGGCUGAACUCAAAGCCCCCCGUGGCCGUCUUGAGAGCAAACGGAGCCAGUCGAUUUCCCCCAGAGACUCCAAUGCAGAUGGUGUGAGCAGUGAGGGGAAAAGUUUAUGACAGCUCUGCUGUUUUCGGUUCACGGCUGCCCCAUGGAGCUUUUUGAUUUUACGGUUGCAGCUAUAGACUUUUGACCGGACUGUUUGACUCAGUAAUGCACUUGUAUCGGACAGAGUCACGUUUGGGAUUGAAUCUUGGACCACAGUGAAUUCUGUAGCGGUCUGAGUCACGCACUGGAUUUGUUUUGGGUUUUAUUGACAUUUUUUCCCACUGCGUUUUUGUGGACGUUCUUUGGAUAGCAUUUUUUAAGAAAGGUCUUUGGGUUUGGUCAUGGACGAGCAGGCUGGCAGCGCGGGCAACAGCCCUCAGCACGGCCGUGGAUCAGCCAAGCAGGACGUUCUCCACUGCGGUUGGCUCCGGAAGCAAGGAGGCUUCGUGAAGACCUGGCACACGCGCUGGUUCGUCCUGCGAGGAGACCAGCUGUACUACUACAAAGAUGAGGACGAGACCAAAGCUUUGGGCACCAUUUUCCUACCUGGCAACAGAGUCACCGAACAUCCCAGCAAUGGGGAGGAAGGCGGAAAGUUCCUUUUUGAAGUCAUCCCAGGGGGCGACAGGGAGCGAAUGACAUCCAACCAUGAGACGUAUCUACUUAUGGCCAGCACACAGAAUGACAUGGAGGAUUGGGUGAAGAGCAUCCGCAGGGUGAUAUGGGCUCCGUUUGGAGGAGGAAUCUUUGGUCAGAAGUUGGAAGAGACAGUGCGAUAUGAAUGUCGUUAUGGCAAUAAGAUGGCGCCCAUGCUGGUGGAGCAGUGCGUGAACUUCAUCCGCCAUUGGGGUCUACGAGAAGAAGGGCUCUUCCGUCUGCCUGGACAAGCCAACCUCGUCAAAGAGCUUCAGGAUGCUUUCGACUGUGGAGAGAAGCCGUCAUUUGAUUGUAACACAGACGUUCACACCGUGGCAUCUUUGCUGAAGCUGUACUUGAGAGAGCUGCCCGAGCCGGUCAUCCCGUUCUGUAAAUACGAGGAGUUUCUGGCCUGCACCAAACUCCUCAGCAAAGACCAGGAUGCAGGAAUGAAGGAAUUAAGAAGGCAAGUAGAAGGUUUACCUCCGGUAAACUACAAUCUGCUUAAAUACAUAUGCAAGUUUUUGGAUGAAGUUCAGUCCUACUCAGGUGUGAAUAAAAUGAGUGUACAGAAUCUGGCCACGGUCUUUGGGCCAAAUAUUCUAAGGCCAAAGGUUGAGGACCCAGUGACUAUAAUGGAAGGCACAGUACUAGUCCAGCAAUUGAUGGCUGUUCUGAUUGGCCGCCAUGAUGUUCUUUUCCCACCCGAUGAGGACCAUACUAGCUCUCUGGAACUGGUUAAUAAUAACAAUAAUGAGAUGCAGAAACGGCCUACGAAUGGUCAGAUUCAAAACAAAGAGAACAAUAACACCAGUGGGGUGCGACAGUGCACUUGGGACACGCCAGAAUCACCCAGCCGGGCUCCUCUGGACAAUGGCUCUCCUCGUUCAGGCAGCCCACGUAAUGGUUUUACGGGACAGCGAUUCGAGGUGGCCCGCAGUCCGCCGAUCUCCGUGAAAAAGAACCCGGCGUUUAGCAAAGGGAGUGGGAUUGUCACCAAUGGAUCGUUCAGUUCAUCCUCAUCGUCCUCAGGUGACGCCAAUCAGGAGAAAAUUCAAACUCUACCGAACAUGGGAACCCUUCAUGCCCGUCGGACGGGUGCGAUUAAAGGCUCAGGCACCAAAAUGGGCAUCCAGAAUGGCAUCGUUCGGAUGGGCGUAUCCAGCGCAGAUGUGACAAAUGGGACUCUAAAUGGACGGAAUGGACUCUGGGUGCCCAACGGUCACGUCACGAUGCGCGAGGCUAAAAGUCAAGACGCCGAGCACCAGCAGAACCGCCUGUCUACAUACGACAACGUCCACAUCCAUCAACAGCAGACCACGCAGCCCAGUCUGAGCAGCAGCUGUGAGGACAAACAGAGCGUGGAUAGCGCCACAUGGUCCACCUCGUCUUGCGAGAUCUCUCUACCAGAAAACUCCACUUCUUGCCGCUCGUCCACGACCACGUGCCCAGAGCAGGACUUCUUUGGCAGCAAAUUUGAAGAUCCUUUGUUGGACGGGCGGGAGGACAACGGACUGGCGGUGGAUGAUAGGGAGCAGCGGACCAGUAACGGAGGAGGCCAGGGAAGCAGAGGAACCAGCAGCAGUGAUAACAGCGAAACGUUUGCCGUCACGAAUGGACCGACCAAUCACAGUGCACUGCACAGCCUGGUGGCCAGUCUCAAACAGGAAAUGCUCAAGCAGAAGAACGAAUAUGAGGCCAGGAUCAAGAGUCUGGAACUUCGAAAUCUAGAGUUGGAGACGGUGAUGGCAAAUCUACACGAAGAGCUUGACCAGGAGAAGAAGAAAUACACCAUGGUGGAGAUCAAGCUAAGAAAUGCAGAGCGAGCCAAGGACGAUGCAGAAAAGAGAAACGAGAUGUUGCAGAAAGAGAUGGAGCAGUUCUUUUCCACCUUCGGAGACCUGACUGCAGACUCGCGACAGCCCGACAGAGCCAACACCAUCUGGAUCCAGUGAGCCGUUAACGGUCUGCCAUUAACAUUACAUUGUGUGGGCUUGUGUUCAGACAGAACGAGACUAAAUCA